GCGACGCAGCCCUGUUGCGCUUCCGGCGCCUGCUGGUGGCUGAGCUGCAGCGCAGCUUCUUUGACAAGCACAUCUGGCUCUCCAUAUGGGACCGGCUGCCUCGUAGCUGUUUGACUCGCAUCCAGAGGGCCACCUGCUGCGUUCUCCUCAUCUGCCUCUUCCUGGGUGCCAACGCCGUGUGGUACGGGGCUGUUGGUGACUCUGCCUACAGGACGGGGCGUGUGUCCAGGCUGAGCCCGCUGAGCGUCGACACAGUCGCUGCUGGCCUGGUGUCCAGCGUGGUUGUCUAUCCCGUCUACCUGGCCAUCCUCUUUCUCUUCUGGAUGUCCCGGAGCAAGGUUAUCAAUACUCUGGCUGACCUUCGUCAUCGUGGGACUGACUUUGGUGGAAGUCUUUGGUUACUUAUCAUUACUGUGUUUCUGAGAAGUUAUAAAUUUGCCAUCUCCCUCUGCACAAGUUACCUUUCUGUUGAUGGGCGGAUGGCUACAUGGAUGUGAUGGAGAUGGUUUACUAUCGGGACCUUCCGCAUCCUGCUGAUGCUUUGUUGCUUAGGAUAUGAAUGGCUGAGCGGAGGCUGUAAAACCUGGCACUCUGCUUGGGUUAUCAAUACUCUGGCUGACCUUCGUCAUCGUGGGACUGACUUUGGUGGAAGUCUUUGGUUACUUAUCAUUACUGUGUUUCUGAGAAGUUAUAAAUUUGCCAUCUCCCUCCGCACAAGUUACCUUUCUGUUAUCAAUACUCUGGCUGACCUUCGUCAUCGUGGGACUGACUUUGGUGGAAGUCUUUGGUUACUUAUCAUUACUGUGUUUCUGAGAAGUUAUAAAUUUGCCAUCUCCCUCCGCACAAGUUACCUUUCUGUGUCUUUCCUGAAGACUAUCUUGCCGUCUCAAAAUGGACAUGAUGGAUCCACGGAUGUAAAGCAGAGAGCCAGGAGGUCCAACCACCGUAGACAGGAAGGAAUUAAAAUUGUCCUGGAAGCCAUCUUUACUUUAUGGAGACAGGUGAAAACCAAAGUUCAAGCUAAAAUCCAUAAGACGAAGGUGACAACAAAAGUCAACCGUCAUGACAAAAUCAAUGGAAAGAGGAAGACCGCCAAAGAACAUCUGAGGAAGCUAAGUAUGAAAGAACAUGAGCAUGCAGCAAAGGAGAGGCUGCUAUCAGAGGCAGAGGAAAAUGGGAAAUUGGAUAUGAAAGAAAUACACACCUACAAGGAACUGUUUCAGCGUGCGCAAGUGUUGCGGCGGCGGGCAGAGGACUACUACAAAUGCAAAAUCCCCCCUUCUGCAAGAAAGCCUCUUUGCAACUGGAUCAGAAUGGCGGCAGCGGAGCAUCGUCAUUCUUCAGGAUUGCCCUACCGGCCCUACCUCACAGCUGAAACUUUAAAAAACAGGAUGGGCCACCAGCCACCUCCUCCAACUCAACAACGUCGUAUAACGGAUAACUCCCUGAGCCUCAAGACACCUCCCGAGUGUCCGCUGCAUCCCCUUCCACCCUCAGCGGAUGAUAAUCUCAAGAUACCUCCCGAGUGUCUCCUCACUCCUCUUCCACCCUCAGCUCCACCCUCAGCUCCACCCUCACCUCCACCCUCAGAGGAUGAUAAUCUCAAGACACCUCCCGCGUGGGCGCUCUAUCCCCCUCCACCCUCAGCGUAUGAUAAUCUCAAGACACCUCCCGAGUGUCUCAUAACUCCGCUUCCACCCUGAGCGGAUGAUAAGAAACUAACAAAGAAUAAAUAAAUAAUAUAAAAAUAAAA